AUGGCCAUGCCAUACAGCACUUUCGGGCAAACAGGAGCUUCAGCCAAGUUUGGGACGCAGGCCUUUGUGCCGGGAAAACGGAAACGGCUCAAUGCUAUGUCAGUGGCCCUCAACAUUCUGCUUCCAACAGUGGCCUACGGGAUCGUCUUCUGGGCACUUGCCUUCCGGGUACACUAUGAGAACCCCCAUCUGGCCUGGGCCAUCGCAGCAUUUGGCCUCCUUGUCUCUGCCGCAUCGUUUGCUCUCAGCCGAUUCUCCCGCAUCGUGGACUCUCAGCCCAUGUGGUACGCCUUUUUCGCAGUAACCCUGGGGCUUGCUGUGGCGAUGGGGGCGGUUCUGGGUGACUACACCUUCCGCACUACGAUGGAGGCGGCCUUGGACUUUCAGAAUCUGAGCAGCUACCCUGCCGUGGACCCUGCCCGCCAGAAGGGGCAGCAGUUGAUGGAUGCCGGCCGCGUUUAUUUCGCUUCAGACACCAAGCUUGACUUCACGAAGUAA